AAAAAAAAAAAUUACCUUAAAUAAUAAUAUUUAAAAAUAUUAUAUAAAUUAAAUUCUAAAAAUAAAAUUUUAAAUUAAAUUAAAGCCAAAAUGUUCAAAUUCAUCACAUUAUUCGUAUUCAUUGGUAUUGCUAGUGCACAACAUUAUGCACAUGGACCAUUAUUAGGACAUUAUGCAGCACCAGCUGUUGUUAAAGCAGUUGCACCAGUAGUUAAAUAUGCAGCACCAGCAAUAGUUAAACAAGUAGAAUAUGAUGCACCAGCACAUUAUGAUUUCUCAUAUUCAGUACAUGAUGAACAUACUGGUGAUAUUAAAUCACAACAAGAAUCACGUCAAGGUGAUGUUGUACAUGGUUCAUAUUCAUUAAUUGAUGCUGAUGGUUUCCAUCGUAUUGUUGAAUAUACAUCUGAUGCACAUAAUGGUUUUAAUGCUGUUGUUAGACGUGAACCAUUAGGACAUAAAGUUGUUAAAGCAGUUGCACCAAUUGCUAAAGUAAUUGCACCAGCACCAGUAUAUCAUGCACCAGUUGCACAUUAUGCAGCACCAAUUGCUAAAGUAGCAUAUGCAGCACCAGUUGCUAAAGUUGCAUAUGCAGCACCAGCUGCCCAUGUUGCAGUACAUGCACCAGCUUAUGCCUAUCAUCAUUAA